AGAUAUAUAAACAGUAGCAAGAGAAGAGCUAGCUGCGUUUUUUCUGAGGUUUAGCCUACGGCCACAUCUCAUCAAAAGUAGCACCGAGAUCUACAAGUGGAAAUGAAUUUUCUUCUGUCGAUAUUCGUAUGCGCUCCUGUCUUUGUGACAUGCUUUUCUUUAUGCCCACCAAUCGUAUGCGACACUUAUAUGUGCAAAUUGAUCGAACAUUGUGAUGGACGAAUUGCACCGAAGGGUGGAUACUGCGGCUGCUGUGAUUCUUGCGUGAAACAGUUAGAGGAAGGUGAUUUGUGUCCCUCUCUUCCUCUGCUAGGAGCUCCAAUCCAAAGCGAAUGUGGUGAAGGAUUGUAUUGUGAUAAGGAGACAUCACUCUGUACCAAGUUUGGCGGAGCUUGCAAAGAGGAGUAUGAUAGCAAGAAGCAAAUCACCGACCCAAUGCUAGGCAUGGAUUUACCUGAGUGCGAAGACGAUGGAUCGUACAAACCAAAACAAUGUUCAGAAUCCGUAUGUUACUGUGUAAGUGCCGACGGCAAGCAAAUCGGAGGUGCCACUUAUCGAUGGGAGGCCGAUGAUGUCAAGUGUGAAUGUGCAAGAGAACGGUAUGAGGUAACGAUGGGCCCGCAGCGUCUGGGACAGUUCGUCCCACAGUGCGACGAAUCCGGGGACUACAAGUCUAUCCAAUGCCACGGGUCUGUGUGCUACUGUGUGGAUAGAAGCUAUGGCAACAAGAUCGAAGGAUCAGAAAGGCACAUAUCUGAAUUAGGCAACUUUGAAUGCUAGAUACUAAAUAUUUCACUGUGAGUGUUGGUAAUAAUAAAUUCAUUUAUAUCGUUCAAAUGUUGAAAUUAUAGUAAUAUUAAGUUCUUAGCGUGUCCAUGCACACACAAGCUAUAAUAGUGUGAUGAUUAAUCUGGUUGCGUACUGGUACUGGUACAAAUAGCCGUCUUUUCAAAGACAUUUGGUAGACAUUGACUUAAGGUUGUCAUUAGAAGGAUACUGCUUCUAGAACUAAAUAAAUUGAUGCGAACCAACAGCAACAUUGUCAGGGUGAUAGGAUAAGCUUUAUCCAGUGCCGGCCGCUACGAGGACGCUCUUAUUGUAGUUUAAUGGGCAUACUGCCAUAAUGAUUUAACAAGAAAAAUUGCUCUGUAUAAACGUAUCAGUUUGUAUUUUAAUUUUGAUGAUGCUUUGAGAAUAACAGUUUAUUUUUAUUAAAUGAAAAUUAUAUUAGAAAUUCUAUUGUCAUAAUUUGUCUUAUAUUCUACAUUUUGGAAGUUGCACACUAUGUAAUAUCCGGUUGGAUAUUGAUUUAAAUAUUUAACAUUAUUUCCAUAUCCUGUAUUAGGCCUAUAUAAAUAGAUAGAUGUAUUGGAAGUUUGGAAUUAACAACAACCA